GGGGGGGGGGGGGCGGCGGGCGGCCAGCCUGGGAGAGAUGCUGCGGGAGGUGGAGGCGCUGAUGGAGGACACGCAGCACAAGCUGCGCAAUGCCGUGCAGGAGAUGGAAGCUGAAGAGGAGGGGGCAAAAAAGUUGUCAGAAGUCAGUUUUGAAGAGUUACCUCCCAACUACCACAAUGAGUCCAACACAGAAACCAGAGUGGGCAACAGAACUGUCCACACUCAUCAGGAAAUUGAUAAGGUUACAGAUAACAAAACUGGAUCAACAGUUUUUUCUGAGACAGUUAUUACAUCCAUAAGAGAUGGAGAAAACAAAAGGAAUCAUGUAAUUUUGGUCUUGGCAAUGUAG